AUGGAAAGCCAACAGCACAAGGAGAAGAAGAUGAAGAUACUUUGCCUCCAUGGAUUUAGAACCAGUGGGAGCUUUCUGCAAAAGCAAAUUGGCAAAUGGGGUGCUUCUAUCUUCUCUCAGUUUGACUUGGAUUUUCCAGAUGGUAUAUUUCCUGCUGGAGGAAAAUCCGAUAUAGAAGGCAUCUUCCCACCACCUUACUACGAGUGGUUUCAAUUUGACAAGGACUUCACAGAGUACACAAACUUGGAAGAAUGCAUCACUUAUUUAUGUGACUACAUAACAAGCAAAGGUCCUUUUGAUGGUUUGCUUGGUUUUUCCCAGGGUGCAACACUAUCAGGACUCCUGUUGGGCUACCAAGCUCAGGGAAAGCUGUUGAAGGAGCAUCCACCUUUCAAGUUUUUUAUAUCCAUAUCAGGAGCAAAAUUCAGAGAUCCAAAAAUAUGUGACAUUGCAUACAAAGACACUAUCAAGGCCAAAUCUGUCCACUUCAUAGGAGCUAAAGAUUGGUUGAAACUACCUUCCGAGGAUCUUGCUGCCGAAUUCGACAACCCGCUCAUCAUCAGGCACCCACAGGGGCAUAUGGUCCCAAGGCUAGAUGAAGCAGCCACCGAGCAGUUACGUGGUUGGACUGCAGCUAUCAUCCAACGCAAUGGUACUAUUUCAGAUGGUAAGCAUGAACUGGAGAAUGGAGAUGCCAACGAAAAACAUAACGGCGCAGAUCUCAUUCAAUGCGAUAAUGCUAAGUUAGAUAGCAAGCAUGAACUGGAGAAUGGAGAAGCAAAAGAAAACUUUGGCCCAGAUCCAGUAGUUUCAGCAAUGAAGAACCAAAGCCAAGAGACAAGAACUGCAGGUGAAAUAAAAACAAAUGAGAGGGAAGUGUAG